ACAUAUCAAACGUUCGACAUUCAAUUGGUAGAAAUAGCAAUUUCUACUGUUUGUGAUUAUAAAAGAGUUUAUCACAGGUUAGGUUUCGAAAAAUGUUUUCGGAAUGAUGAAUAACCGCAACGUAAUUAAAACUAAUGGCGUGUUUAAAACGAACGAAAAAUGACUAGCUACGGCUAAAUAAGGUCCUACGUGUUUAAGGAACUAUUAAUACCUAGUUUUAUACAUAGCGUUUUAUAACCUCAAAAUAGGAUGGACCCAGAAGACGGCGACCCAAUGCUUAGCAGCAGCAGUUCAAAACCCAUUUUAACACAAAAAAUUGAGUCCGCCACAAACAUUACAGUGUUUUUAGAGGAAUGCCAAAAAGAUAUGAACAAUUUAAAUAGUGAUGAAGAUACUGUUCGUGUUGAUCAUCAUUCUGGAUCAACUUUAAAUUUUACAAACGGUGAAGAUGGGAAUGAUAGUUUGUUAUUUAAUGUAGAUAAUGUUGAUUUUUCCCGUAACUGGUUAACAGAAAUUUUACAAGAAGAUGUUAUUGAUAAAAGAAGUAAUCCAGCGAAUGAAUUAGCAGAUUUAAUGAAACUCCAAAAAAAGAAGAACUCGUGUGCGGGAAACACCAAAAAAAUAGAAAUGAAUAAGUAUUACUCAACCGGGUUAUUAUCAAAUCACGACAAAUACAACGACAACAAAAAAGUAACAUCAUUAAAAUACCCAAAGAAACGAUUAAAACAAGAUGAAUCUCCUUCAAAGCAACAACCCCUUUACAUGCUCCCGGAAGUUCUAAGAGACACCAUGCCGGAAGAUUCGAUCGAUUUCGACUUGGAUCACACGAUAGAAUUGCACCAUAUCGAAGAAUCCAAUGUAAUGAAACCUCCAGAAGUCCCAAAAGAACCCCCACAACAAAAAGUUACAUUCGCGGUACCUGCAGCUAAAAAACCGAAAGCAAAAAAAUUUAAAGACGACGAAUCCAAACAAAAAUGGGAAGAAAUGAUGCUGGCGAAGCGAAAAAAAAUAUUUUCCGCCAUGGUUAAAAAAGAAAUUAACAAGCAACAACGAGCCAAAGUGAAUAAACACAAAGAGAUGUUGAUACAAUGCAAAAAAAUCGCGUUGCAAUGUCAAAAAGUCGUUCGAAAUAAAGCUCUUCAAUCUGCCAGGGCUGUGAAAGAAUUGCAAUGGAGAAUGAAACGUUUGGCGCGUGAAAAUUUGGCGUAUUGGAAACGUUCGAAACGCGUCGAUAGAGAGAUGAGAAGGAAACUUGAAAAGGAAGCGGAAGAACAACGAAAAAUGGACUUUGAAUUAAUCGAAGCUAAACGGCAACAACGCAAAUUAAACUUUUUAAUCACCCAAACCGAGCUUUACGCCCAUUUUAUGUCGAAAAAAAUCGGGGAUACAUCACCGGAAGAACAAUUAAGAAUUCUUAGCCAAUUAGACGAAGAAAAACAUCCGCGAUUAGCCGCAAUAGACGACUAUGAUAGUGAAAUUAUGAAAUCAAAAGCGAUUAAAAAUGCGCAAGAUGCGUUUAGAAACGAAAGGGCGCGGACGCAAGAGUUUGACCGGCAAGGUCGUUUGAGUGAUGAUACUUCUUUAGAUACUGAUGAUGGGGAAUUCACUCAACCCACCAUUUUUCAAGGGACGUUGAAAGCGUAUCAAUUACGCGGAAUGAAUUGGUUAGCUAAUCUUUAUGAUCAAGGAAUUAGUGGAAUUUUAGCUGAUGAAAUGGGAUUAGGAAAAACUGUACAAAGUAUUGCUUUUUUAACGCAUUUAGCUGAAAAACAUGAUUUAUGGGGUCCAUUUUUGGUAAUAUGCCCAGCAUCAACACUACAUAAUUGGCAACAAGAAUUUGCAAAGUUUGUACCUGCAUUCAAAGUGGUUCCAUAUUGGGGAAACCCGGCGGAUCGUAAGAUUUUGAGGCAAUUUUGGAACCACGACGGGAUGCACACUAAAGACGGUGGUUUUCACAUUGUAAUAACGAGUUAUCAAAUCGUUAUCUCGGAUGUUAAAUACUUUAAUAGGAUUAAAUGGCAGUACAUGGUUUUAGAUGAAGCGCAAGCUAUUAAAAGCACUAAUAGCAUGCGUUGGAAAACACUUUUAGGUUUUAAUUGUCGAAAUAGACUGUUAUUAAGUGGAACCCCAAUCCAAAACAGCAUGGCGGAACUUUGGGCUUUACUCCACUUCAUAAUGCCCACCCUUUUCGACUCACACGAAGAAUUUAACGAGUGGUUUUCAAAAGAUAUUGAAAGCCACGCUGAAAAUAAAACGGGAAUUGAUGAAAAACAUUUAUCUAGAUUGCACAUGAUUUUAAAGCCGUUUAUGUUGCGUCGAAUAAAAAAAGAUGUCGAAAAUGAACUUUCGGAUAAAAUUGAAGUAAUGCUUUAUUGUCCGUUGACAACGCGACAAAAAUUACUUUACAUGGCUUUAAAACAAAAAAUUCGUAUUGAAGAUUUGCUGCAUUAUACGGUUGGCGGUGGAGGUGGUGAUAGUCACAACGUUGAUAAAAAUUUCACGUCAAACUUGAUGAAUUUGGUGAUGCAAUUUCGGAAAGUUUGUAAUCAUCCCGAAUUAUUUGAAAGGCGGGAUGCGAAAUCCCCGAUUUUUCUUAACUCAUUAACGUAUAACGUUCCGUAUGAAAUUUUUGAUUUCAACGUUCGACAGGAAACGUUUCAAAAAAUUAAAUUGUUUUGUUUUAACCCCGUCAAUAUUAAUGAUUGUUUAAAAAGCGAUAAACAAUCGAUUUUUAUAUUUUUACAUUCCAUUAAAAUAAGUAUUGGUGAAGCUUCUAGCAUUUUUAAUAGUGAUAUCUUAAAAAGGUGGCAAAGUUUUUUUGAAAUAACCCGGCGACAAUAUAACAACGCUUAUAGGUAUUUUUACUCGGGAACGAGACCUAAAUAUUUAGAUAUAAACGUUUCGAGUGAGUUUAAAAUGAGCCCGGCUUCGAUUGAUAUGAGUCCAACACUACGAGAUCUAGUUUUUACAAGAAAUUGCACGGGGAAACAAGUUUUUUACACGUUCGUUAAACAUUUAUUACUUUCUAUGCCGGAAACGAUUGAGCACCGAAAUAUUCGAUACAAAAACAUCGAUGAUAAUAAAAAGGCGGAAUUAAAUGAUUUAAUCUACGAAGAACGCAAGCCGCAAAUUUUCGAUUGUACGUUAACGGAGAUCCCAUCGUUCCUUUUUAGUGUAAUUCCUAAAGUGACUGUAAACGCGCCCCAAUUAUUUUGCCCAUCGCGUCGCGUCGCCCAUCAUUGGGCGCGACACGUUGACGAUUGGUCCUUAAACUCGUUAAAUUAUCAUUUUUGUAACGCUACAAAUCAAAAUUUGUCUCGAAAAUCCUCGGUGUCCCAGUUUCACCCAAUCCCUCGUACUGCUUUAGAUAAUUUAUCGCCAAUGCAUGGGUGGUCGCACAUUACAAUUCCGGAUAAAGAAACUUUAGUCACCGAUUCUGGAAAAUUAUCCGUGCUUGAUGGGCUCUUAAAACGAUUAAAAGAAGAAGGGCAUCGCGUUUUAAUCUACUCCCAAAUGACUAAAAUGAUCGAUUUAUUAGAAGAAUAUAUGUGGCACCGACACCAUAAAUAUAUGAGGUUAGAUGGGUCAUCAAAAAUUUCUGAAAGACGUGAUAUGGUCGCUGAUUUUCAAGCUAGGACUGAUAUUUUUGUAUUUUUACUUUCAACCCGAGCUGGAGGUCUAGGAAUCAAUCUAACCGCCGCGGACACUGUGAUUUUUUACGAUAGCGAUUGGAACCCCACAGUCGAUCAGCAAGCCAUGGACAGAGCUCACCGAUUAGGCCAAACUAAACAAGUCACCGUUUAUCGAUUAAUUUGUAAAGGAUCGAUUGAGGAAAGAAUUUUAGAACGAGCGAGAGAAAAAAGCGAAAUUCAAAAAUUGGUUAUUAGCGGCGGCAAUUUCAAACCGGAUACUUUAAAACCGAAAGAAGUUGUUUCUUUGUUAUUAGACGAUGAAGAAAUCGAACAAAAAUAUCGACAAAGAGCGGAAGAAAGAAGACAUUUAGAAGAUAUGCGAGAAAUGGACAGAAAACGAAAAUACAUGGCUUCAACUAAAGCAAAUAUCACCACCACCGCCGAAAAACUAAAAAAAGAAAGUCAAGAAAGCGGGUAUUGCGAAGGAUCCUUAAUGGAUAGCACUCCAAAUAGCCCAUUAAUGGAUUUAAGCAUGGAAAUAGCCGCCGAUGAAAUCGUUGAAAAUGAUCUUAUGGACGUCGACUGCGAAUGGACCACACAAACCUCAAAACCACAAGUAUAUUCACAUCCUGGACCCACAAAACCUCGGAAUCCAGGUCGAGGGGCAUCAAAACGAGGCCGACCUCGCGGAUCAAGACGCGUUUCAGCUUUGGGACGAUUUAAUUCUACCUCACAAUCAACACCUUCUACCUCUUCAUUAGAUUCAUCUCAAGAACAAACGAAAUACAAUUCUUCGUAUAUGUUUGAAGCUGCUGUUCCGACGUCAUCAACGCCGGAAACGCGUCACUCGUCGUCAUCGUCGGUGCCGAGCACGUCUGCUGGAAAUAGUGGGACGACGCCGGCGGUGCGUCGAGGGCCCGGAAGACCGCGUUUAAAGCCUUCCGGUCCCGCGCAUCAGGGUUCGAGAGGGAGUUACCGGCCGCGAAAACCUGCAAAGCCGCUACCGGUUCCGUUGCCGUCCGACGGCAAUUCGACGACCACACACAACAAUAGCCUCGUUUCCGGUUCGACAUAUCUUUACAAUUUCUCCGAACAGUCCGAUUCGUAGGGAAAACAAACUUUUAGGAUAUUAACGAUAUAAGAAAGCUAUUUAUUUUCUAUAUACAUAAGGAUUUUUUCUUUUUUAUUUUGAAACGUGAAGAUAUGAAAAUGACGGAAAUAUUUUUCUCUUGCAGUAUUUUGAUAACGAGGUGAUUCGAAAGAUUUUUUUUUUAUUUUUGUAAAAAAUGAUUGAUGGAAAAAGUGAACACUUUAAUUCAUUUUCUGGAUUGUAUAUAACUUUAUUUUAACAAACCCGCUUUUGGAUCACCUGUAUAAGACGCAAUAUUCUUUUUCUAUUUAUAUUUUAAUAAAAAAAGUUUUUUGUAUUUUGAUGUGAAAUGUUUUUCUUGUAACGGGCGGCGUAAAUAAACGAAAAAGAUAACAUUUUAAAA